AAAAGGGUGCGUGAGCGGGUAUAAGGCGAUCAUGCUCAAGGGAGAGAAGUAAAAGUUAUUUCCGCGGCUCAAUUUAAAACGCCGAAAAGCGAACGAGCAGACGACAUCAAAUUGCAGGCGUUCUGGAUUCGCAAAAUUAUGACUAAAUCCUUUUAACGGUUGGGGCUCUGACAAUGCAGAGGCAGCAUCAAAAGUUGCAGCUUUUCAAACCUGUAACGAUUAACGAUCGUUCAAACCAAGUAACUGAUAACAACUGCUUGUCCAGAUUAAGGGGCAGUGAACCAUUUCAAAGGAUGAGCCAGCAGCACUCAGAGGAGCAGGAGAUGCCACUGGGGACAGAUCGUCUCACAUCGUUGCAUGCCAAAUUACACCAAGAGGCUGAUAAGAUUCGCAAAUGGAAGACACAGACAGAGAUGGACAUGAAACAAAAGGAUAAAAAACUGAAUGAGGCAACCUUGACUAUUGAGUCCUCAGAAAGUCCAUCUUGGAGUUACAGUUGGAAAAUGAGAACCUAAGCACAAAGCUUCAAGAUGAGAUGGUGAGCAAGGAGGAAGUGUUUCAAAGGAUUCAAUAUACACAUGAGCUGAUAAACCUUCUGAAACAUCAAGAGGAAAAAUUGGAAGAGAAACUUUCAAAGUGUGAAGCUGAGCGAACUGAACUUAAGUAUUUUGCAAAAGAGCAUGCAUGUCAGUUUGAGGAAAUGUGUGAAAAAUUCAAAAAAUUGGAGUUAGAUGCAAAUGAAGGAAGAGAGCAGCUCCUCAGGCAAGUUCAAGAAGAACGAGUACAGAGAGAUACUUUGGAGGAAAAAAUGAACUGCAAACUUUCACAGACAUUGUCUGAAGUUCAUUCAUUGAAGAAUGAAAUACAAGAGAAAUCCUUAGUUCUUGAAGAAACAAGGAUUGCAUUACAGGAGAAGACUGACAUGACAGAAGCAACUAAAAAGCUAUUGGAGGAAACACAACAGCAAGUAUGCCAGCUGUCCCAAGACAUAUCAUCCAAACAAGAAAAAUUGGAGCAGCUUACUGCUGAAUUACAAAGCAUUCAGGCUGAACGAGACAGACUGGCAUCUGAGUUAGAUGAAGAAAGGGAAAAAUUAGGGCAGUCCAAGAGGCAGGAAGACUCAGUGCAGGAAGCUCUCAAUAACUCUGUGGCCAUCUUCAAUCAGCGCCAGGACUCAAUGCAGAAGGAGAUUGAACUACUGAAGUAUGAGCUGGUAGAGGAGCAGAAGAGGCUUAGAGAAGCUAGGGCACAGCUGGCAGAGAGUAUGUCCUUUGCAGAGAGUAUUAAAGGUUCACGGGAUGUUUUGCUGCUGGAAAAGAAGGAAAUGGAACUCUGUUUGGAGAAACUCAAGACUGAGCUGACUGAUCUCCAAAGUGAAAAGUACAAAAAUAAGGCUGAGAUUAGUUCUUUGGAGGUAGAAGUGGAAAGUUUGCAGUUACACAUUGAGCAGGAGCGUCUGGAAGCUGCCAAAGCUAAAGGUGAAGUUGAUGAAGCCAAACUAAAAUGUGCAUCCUUAGAAAAAGAAAAUAAAACACUUGGUGAAGAAACCAAAAAACUGAAGAAUGACAUUGCUGCUCAAAAGAUGAAACUAGAGACUGUGAACGCGUCUUGUGCUGACGAAAAGAAACGUAUACAAGAACUACAGCUUUCUGUUGAAGAACUGACAACACAGCUCCAUCAGAAAGGGUUGCAAAUGGAACAGCUCAAAACACAGCUAAAAGAAAAUGAAGACAAAUUAUCAAGCAAAGAGAAUCUGUUGGCUAAUGCUGAAAGUGGACUUGUCAACCUUCAAAUGGAAUUAAAGAACAUUAUAGAAGAACGAGAUGCUGCCAAAAUACAAAUCAUGGAUUUGGAAAAGAAAGCUGAGGCAUGGAGGAAUGAGAGUGAGUUGGCAGAAGGAAGACAUGCUGACAUUGCCCUGCAGAAUGACCUGCUACUGAAGGAGACAGAGAAGAGAGAUCGAGCACAGGCCACUGAGAUGCAGAAUCACAUUGAAAAGAAUAAGCAGCUGCAGAAGCAGGUAAAAGAUCUACGUGCAGAACUGAAGGAACAAAAUAAGCAUGUCAAAGAUGUGGAGAGAGAGAUGAAGUCUCUGCAAGGUCGUCUAACCAAACAGGAGAAGGCUGAGGGGGACAGAAAAAGAGAAGUGGAAUACCUGAAGCAAGAGCUUGUGUGUAAUGAGCAGGCUAAGGAGGAGAGUGAAAACAUCCUGGUCAAGCUACAGGAGCAGUUGGAGCAGGAAAAACAUGCUCUUCACAAACAGGCACAACAGAUUGAGGAGUUAAAGUCACAGACAGCAAAGGCUCAGAAAGAGAAGGCUGAGGCUGUGCUCCAAUGUGACAGACAGAUCAUUGAGAUGACUGCCACAUUGGAGAAGUACACGCAGGACCAUCACAAGUUCCUAGCUCAGAAAGACAAAGAGAUUGAGGAACUUCGUCAAAAGAAUAAUGUACUGGUCACUCAAAAACAGAAUAAUCCUCAUGGUUCCGGAGGCCACAAGGAAACUGAGGAGAUGAAAAGAAAAUUGGCCACCUUGAAUUGUGAACUUGAACAAGCACAAAAACACAUGAAGGAAAAGGAGACAGAGGUCGAGACACUGAAAUCUCAGCUGACACAACAGGAACAAAUCGUACAGGAAAUGAAGCAGAAUAGUAUGUCCUUGACUCCUGCUCUUCACAGUACAAGUGCCAUGGAUGUUGAUGAGAGAAGAAUGGGUGAAAUACCUUGUACUCCUGCCCGCACAGUAAAUGAUGCUCAGCAUGGCAUCCUGCGUCAGAUUGAUUCUGUCAGCAAACGCAGAAAAGUAGCUUUUAUCUCACCAUCUGUGGAAAAUAUUGAAACCUUUGAUGUUGACACAGACUCUUCCACAGAACUUGAAAUUGAGGCAGAAGCAGUGAUGAAUCACACCCAGAGAAACCAAAGGACACCCUUGCGUCUAUCCCAUUCACCAGCUGGAAGAGGGCUGCUUAUGCCAGUACAUCCCUCCCUUGCAAACGCAGCUAAGUCCUCCAAAUCUUUAUGCAAAAUCAGCACUGCUCAUCCUCGCAGUGCACGAAAUCUCACUCCAGAGCUUUCUCCCAAGUUGAAGCAACUGGCAAGGACUCCUAACAGGCGGAAAACCAACAUGAGGACAUCAAAAUUCUUUCGAUCUUCACCCAAGGAGAGAAUCAGCAUAAAGCAGAAAGAACCUGGCAAGGAACGACUGUCUUGGUUUGAUGAAGAUGUGGUGUAUGGUUUUGGUUCUGAAGACUAACAGAGGCUGCAAUUUGUACACAGUUUUUAAAAAAAAAAAACUGAACCAUAUAAUAGAUAUUUGCAUACUUGUUUUGUUGUUUUCACAUUAUGACAAGGCGUUAAGAGUUUUUUCCAAGAUUGUAUCUUCUUCAUGAAGUAUAUUUUAUGUUAUCCAAGAAUUAAAAUGUUUUCUGAAUUUAGCCUUUGGUUAAAAUAUGAGUGUGUGUAUGCAAGUGUGUGUACAUGCACACAGUGAAAUGUUAUAUUUAUUUAGAACAUUUGCUUUAUCCAACUUUUUAAUAAAAGUUACUUCUCUCAUAGCACAAUGAAAUGCAAACUGUCAAACAGCAUAAAAAAAAAUCAAUGAGUUUAUUGCAUCUGGUAAUUCAUAAGAUAGUCAAUGAAAAGGUCUGCCAUAUGGAUUCCACAAAGGCUUCAAUAUAAAAGGCCCGUAGUCAUAUAUAAAUAGUUGUGCCAUUUACUCAGAAUCUUGUGGAGAAU